AUGAAAAUUGACUACAGAUGCAGUAACCCAAUUAAAACCACCAAACCCAUUGAUUAUUCUGUAUAUAAAAAUAAAAAGUUAUCAUCAAUAAACGUGAAUGAUAGUAAUAAUAAUAAUAAUAAUAAUAAUAAUAAUAUAAAUACAAAUACAAAUACAAGUGUAAAUAAUAAUAUAAAAAUACAAAGAAUAAAUAGAUCAGAUGAACAAUUUAGACAAAUUUGUAAGUUUCAUAUUAAUAAUUAUGGUGUUGAAAUCAAUGGUGAUAAAUAA